UCUCAAGAAAUAAAUUGCUGGCUCCCCCGCUCGCUUAUAUAUAGCUAGCGCGCCCACCACUACCAACCCCACACACUUGCUCCUCUCAUAUUACAUUACCAGUCAUCCAUUUUUGCCUUCAAACGAAAAUAAUCGACCAUAAUAAUCUCAUCCCUGUUUAAACAAAUACAUAAAUAAAUCUAUCGAUUAAUCAACAAUAAUCACAUUUUUCCCCUGCAGAUCUCUGCCAGCGCUGGUGGUGGUGCGUCGGUAGGGGGCGGGGGCGGGGGCGUAUGCACGCAUAACAUAACAAUUCCGUAUUUGUUGUGUGCGUGUAUACGUGAUGAUGAUGUGAUGGAGCAAAAGCACGUGCUUUUGUCGGCAUUGAGCGUGGGUGUAGGGGUAGGCGUGGGUCUCGGUUUGGUUUCCGGCUCAACCGUCGGGAGAUGGACCGGAGGUGCAACCUACGCCACGGCGGAUGCCAUCUCCGGCGACCAAAUAGAGCUGGAGCUCCUCAGGCUCCUCGUCGAUGGAAAGGAGAGCAAAGUUACCUUUGAGGAUUUCCCUUAUUAUCUCAGUGAGAGGGCACGUGUAUUAUUAACAAGUGCAGCAUACGUUCAUCUAAAACACUUGGAUGUAUCAAAGCACACUCGAAAUCUUUCUCCCGCAAGUCGGGCUAUAUUGCUCUCGGGGCCUGCCGAACUAUACCAGCAAAUGCUUGCCAAGGCUCUCGCGCAUCAUUUCGAAGCAAAGCUGCUGCUUCUUGAUAUAAAUGACUUCUCACUGAAGAUGCAGAGCAAGUAUGGUAUCACCAAGAAAGACUCUUCCCUCAACAGGUCUAUCUCAGAAUCAACAAUCGAAAAAAUGUCCAGCCUUUUCGGUUCUUUUCUUCCUUAUAAAGAUGACUACAGAGACACAUUAUCCGGGCAAAGAAGCGGUCUCGAUGCUACAGUAAGGAAUACUGAAGGAAUCAAUAAUUCUCUAAGGCCUCGAAGAACUUCCUCUGUCUCUUCAGACACGAGCAGUAGCAUCAGUGCCAUGUCAUCAUCGUCAAAUCCAGCUCCCUCCAAACGCGUUUGCAGCUGGUCGUUUGAUGAGAAGGACUUCUUACAGUCACUCUAUAAGGUGUUGGUUUCAGUUUCUCGAACGAGCGGCAUCAUUCUCUACAUCCGUGAUGCUGAGAAACUUUUUCUCCAAUCAUCAAGACUAUAUAAACUGUUCGAUAAAAUGCUCAAGAGACUAACAGGCUCAGUUUUGGUCCUCGGUUCCCGUAUAUUGGACACUGAUGAGGAUUCUGUUGAAGUCAAUGAUAAACUAAGCCUAUUAUUUUCUUACAACAUCGAAAUUAGACCGCCAGAAGACGAAGCUCGUUUGACCAGCUGGAAAAGUCAACUCGAAGAGGAUAUUAGAAAGAUCCAAUUUCAGGACAAUAAGAAUCACAUUGCAGAGGUUCUUGCAGCGAACGAUCUCGAGUGCGAUGACUUGGGGUCCAUCUGUCAUGCUGACUCCUUGUUUCUCAGUAACUACAUAGACGAAAUUGUGGUUUCUGCUAUUUCGUAUCAUUUGAUGAAUAAUAAAGAUCCGGAAUAUCGCAACGGGAAGCUUGUUAUAUCAUCUAAGAGUUUGUCGCAUGGAUUGAGCGUAUUUCAAGAGGGUAGAAGUGGUGGCAAAUAUACCCUCAAGAUGGAGACAAAUGCGGAAUGUUUCAAGGAUGCUGAGGUGAAAGAAAACGCUGGAGCAAAAACUGAAUCGAAGCCUGAAAUCCCGAAAUCCGAGAAUAAGAGUGAGGCGGAAAAAUCAAACUCUUCAACUAAGACAGAUGGCGAGAAUGCAUUGGUCGUAAAGCCCGUGGAAGUUCCACCAGACAACGAAUUCGAAAAGCGUAUAAGACCAGAAGUCAUCCCCGCAAACGAAAUCGGAGUGACAUUUUCCGACAUAGGUGCAUUAGACGAGAUUAAAGAAUCACUACAAGAGCUUGUAAUGCUUCCUCUUCGAAGACCAGAUCUCUUCAAUGGUGGGCUUCUCAAGCCAUGCAGAGGCAUACUACUCUUCGGUCCACCUGGCACAGGUAAAACAAUGCUGGCCAAGGCCAUCGCCAACGAGGCAGGGGCUAGCUUCAUAAAUGUCUCCAUGUCAACAAUAACCUCUAAAUGGUUCGGAGAAGACGAAAAGAAUGUUCGAGCUCUUUUCACACUCGCGGCAAAAGUUUCUCCCACUAUAAUAUUUGUCGAUGAAGUUGAUAGUAUGCUUGGGCAGCGGACGAGAGUGGGUGAACAAGAAACAAUGAGGAAAAUUAAAAACGAGUUUGUGACACAUUGGGAUGGACUUUUAACUAAACCCGGAGAGAGGAUUCUUGUUCUUGCUGCUACUAAUCGACCUUUUGAUCUCGAUGAAGCAAUUAUUAGGCGUUUUGAACGAAGAAUCAUGGGUGAUCUGCCAUCAGUGGAGAACAGAGAAAUGAUUCUGAGAACGCUGAUGUCAAAAGAAAAAGUAGAGGACCUCGAUUUUAAAGAAAUUGCGGUAAUGACAGAAGGAUAUAGCGGAAGCGAUCUCAAGAAUCUGUGCAUAACAGCAGCUUACAGGCCUGUGAGAGAACUCAUACAGCAAGAGAGACAGAAGGAUAAGCAAAAGAAACUGAGUGACGAAGAAGAAUGUGAGAGCUCCAAAGACGCUGCUGCUUCUUCUGCUGAAGUCGAAGAAACUAAGGACGAAAAAGUAAUUUCCUUAAGGCCCUUAAACAUGGAAGACAUAAGACAGGCAAAGAAUCAGGUUGCUGCCAGUUUUGCUUCGGAGGGAUCGAUUAUGGGUGAGCUAAAGCAGUGGAACGAACUUUACGGAGAAGGAGGUUCUAGAAAGAAACAGCAGUUAUCUUACUUCCUUUAAAAGACAGUCAUCAAUGGUCAGUUGUUUUCGUCUUCGGAAAUAUGCGAAUGUCUGAGAAAACCGGAAAGCUGUUUUGGACCAGAAACAAAGAAGAACAUUAUAUUCAAAGGCUCCGCCGAAAGCAGCUUUGGGCCGUUUUCGAAAGGUUAAAACGGGACGUAAUUUUUAUUAUUACAUUGGUGUGAUUUUUGUAAAUGAUUUAUUGAAUUGAGGAGAUGGGAUGAUGUAUUAUAGGGCAUAGAUAGCUAUGUUAAAUAUGUUUAUAUAAGAAAAUUUGUUGUGUUGUGCCUGUAAUAUGAAUAUCCAAUGAAAAUUACUCUGUUUCUGUUCAAUGUAUGCUCCAUGAACCA